AUGCAGCUGAAGACGUUGCAGAUUGUCUGGCAUGGAAAAGAACCUGUUCUUAGCGUUGACUUUCAGCCAAACAGCCACACCCUAGUCUCGGGCGGACAGGACGGCGAAGUCAAGGUGCGUUCGCAAGGGGAUGCUAUGCAUGGAUGCCCGGGCGUCCGCUUCCUCAGUAGCUAUCCUGUGAACAGCAAGUCCGUGAAUUGUGUAAGGUUCUCUCCAACAGGUGACUUGCUGGCCAGUGCGGGUGAUAAAGGCGAGGUCUUGCUCUGGCGUUUUGCCAUUGCCGCCGCUAGUGGCAUCUGGCGCCAAGUGGGCCUUCUGCGGGGUCACUGUGACGAUGUCCUGGAUCUGGCCUGGGCCCCCGACGGCAGCGCGUUGCUCAGCGGCGGCAUCGAGAACAACUGCAUCCUGUGGGAUGUGGACGGGCGCAAGUCGCUGAAGUGGCUCCAGGACCACGGCCACUACGUCCAGGGAGUGGCGUGGGACCCCCUCGGCCGCUACAUCGCCUCUCAGUUGGCCGACCGCACCGCCCGGGUGUACUCCGUGAAGCCGCCGCCGCAGUCGUGUGCAAUGUCACGCCAUGUUCUGAGUGGUAUCGCCGUUGGUGCUGUUUGCUUGGCUGCUGCUGCAGCUGGGACCGCUAAGCAGCCCCUCUUCAGCGAUGACUCGCUGCCCACCUUCUUCCGCCGCCUGGCCUGGUCACCGGACGGGGCAUUCCUGGCGGCGCCUGCGGGCGUCUACAGGGCUGCCGCCUCCGCACCUGCCACCAGCACAACCCACGUCUUUUCAAGGGGCGAUUGGUCGAGUCCUGCGCUCAGUCUGCCCUGCCUCAGCAAGGGAGCUCUGGUGGUGCGUUUCUGCCCCCAACUCUUCCGCGCAUCACAACAGCAGCAGCAGCGCCUCACGGCGUCGCGACUGCCGUACAGGAUUAUCAUGGCGAUAGCAUCCAUUGACAGCGUCGUACUGUACGACAUGCAGGCACUGGAGCCUCUAGCGGUGUUAGGCGGCAUUCAUUAUGCGGCCGUUACGGACUUGGCCUGGUCAGAUGACGGUCGCUACCUUGUGGUGGCAUCAAGGGACGGGUAUUGCACUGUGUGCUCCUUCGAAGACGGGGAGCUGGGGGAGCCGCUGCCGCUG